CGCUCGCGCUGUUCAGAUGUCACUCUCCCGCUUACAUGUAGUCAUGUGGAAUUCAUCAAGGCCCCCCUUCCCGCCUUCCCCCCUGCUCAUUCGGGCACGCGCCCGCGCGAGAUGGACGUCAUCACUCUUUAGAUGGAGCUGUCAGUGGUGCUGAAUUUCUGGCCAGCGGUCUGAAGGGAGCGGAGACGUGUGGGGGCUGGCUGGCUGCGCGCGAUCAACAGAUGGGCUUGCCAGAGUCCUCGAGGACCGUUAACUAAUUUAUUAAAACACACAGAAGAAGAGCCUUCCUGUCGUUUAAUCCACAUCAAGAAAACAGAAAUGUCAGUUAUUUCUGAGGAAACUCUGACAACAGGUCACACCGUGCAAGUAUAGGACAGCGGGAAAAAAAAGUGAAUGGGAGCGUCGAUUUUAUGGAGCAGUGGCAAAAAACGAUCGAAACGAGUAAAAGAAAGCGCGGCGCAGAUUUCAUUUAUUUUUGGCUCGGGUGAAAUAUUGCUUAACCUGAGAACCUGAAUCGGAGGACACUUUCUACGCGUGGAGUUCGUGUGUUGCUGGCGUCUUGGCGCUCUCUGUGUGCGUCUGUUUGCUCGUUUUUCCCAUUUAGUUUUUUUCUGGAUUCUCGUGCAUACUAUGGAAAAAAUGCUACCUGCUCAGGAAGCGGCCAAAAUCUACCACACCAACUACGUGAGGAACGCCCGGGCGAUCGGCGUGCUCUGGGCGAUAUUCACGAUCUGCUUUGCCAUCAUCACCGUGGUGGUGUUCAUCCAGCCGUACUGGAUCGGGGACAGCGUCAAUACCCCCCAGGCCGGCUACUUCGGACUCUUCCACUACUGCAUCGGCAACGCGCUGACCUCCGAGCUGACGUGCAAGGGCAGCGCACUGGACUUCGGCUCCAUCCCGUCUGGAGCCUUCAAAACUGCCAUGUUCUUCGUGGGCAUCUCCAUGCUGCUGGUCGUGGGCAGCAUCGUCUGCUUCAGCCUCUUCUUCUUCUGCAACGCGGGAAGCGUCUACAAGAUUUGCGCCUGGAUGCAGCUCGCGUCGUCCGUGUGCAUGGUGAUGGGCUGCAUGAUCUACCCGGAUGGCUGGGACUCUGAGGAGGUGAAGCGGAUGUGCGGGCAGCGCACGGACAAGUACACGCUGGGGAACUGCACGGUGCGCUGGGCCUACAUCCUGGCCAUCAUCAGCAUCCUGGACGCCCUGGUGCUGUCCUUCCUGGCCUUCGUGCUGGGGAACCGCCAGGACAAGCUCCUGCCCGAGGACUUCCAGGUGGAGGCGAAAGACCACGCCUGAGGGGCCCGGACUUCAGGACCAGCCUCCAGAGACCACCCGUGUGUCCGGCGUCCAGCG